AUGUUGACUAAUUGUUGGAUAAUUUUGUUAGGGCUUCAUGCCAUCGUAGCAUUUGAGGAAUUCGAGAAUAGUGAUUCUGCCGCGGAAGAUGAUUUUGCUAUGGAAGGAAAUAGGGAUUUGUUGUCGUUGGCGAUGGCAGAAUAUAACAAAAUUUUCGACAGUAAGUAUUGGUGGAUUCCAUUGGAAUUGUUGGACAUCAGUGUUAUUCAUGAUGAAGGAUUGUUCUUUCAGAUCAAACUUGCAUUGGCUCCUUCUAAUUGUACAAAAGUUGCUUGCACAUUUAGAAUAUUUCAAAGAAUGUGGGCAGCAUCAGGGGGCAUCCAAUUUCGCACAUGUUCCGACUAUGUUCCAUCCGAGAAACUAAAUGAAACGAACAGUUUCACAUCAGAUGCAAUGGACAUGAACUCAUUAAAAUCAGUAAAAUCAGUGUUUGAUUCGGUAGAUUGGUUGGAAUCGGAUAUGCUAACGUUAUGGCGAGAUUUUGUAAAUUUCAUGGAAACAUUCAAACGAGAAUAUUCUUCGAUAACGGAGAAAUUAAAUCGUUUCAAAAUAUAUUUGCAAAAUAUGUAUUUCGCACAAAAGUUACAGCAUGAUGAGAAAGGAACGGCAAUUUAUGGUGCAACGCAAUUCAGCGAUAUGACACCCGAGGAAUUCCAGAAAAUAAUGCUACCAAGUGUGUGGUGGGAGAGCGUAAAAUCCAAGUAUAUUGAAUUAAAUUUUAAUUUAAACGAUUUUAAUCUUUCACUUAAUCAUCUACCAAUAAAUUUCGAUUGGCGCACGAAAGGAGUUGUUACGCCAGUAAAAAAUCAAGGUUCCUGUGGUAGUUGUUGGGCUUUUUCGGUUACUGGCAAUAUUGAAGGUCUUUGGGCUAUCAAAACAGGUAAGUUGAUAUCACUCUCCGAACAAGAAUUGAUUGAUUGCGAUGUGGUUGAUAAUGGAUGCAACGGAGGAUUGCCAAUCAAUGCUUUCCGAGAAAUAAAACGAAUGGGUGGUUUGGAACCGGAAGAUAAAUACCCAUAUAAAGGGAAAAAUGGGACGUGUCAUUUGGUCCGAAGAGAUAUUGCUGUCAGUAUUGAUGAUGCUGUGGAAAUUCCACGUAAUGAGACUGUGAUGAAAGCGUGGAUUGCGCAACGUGGGCCUCUUUCCGUUGGAAUCGAUGCGGAAUUGUUGGCAUAUUAUAAAAGUGGAAUUCUUCAUCCAACCCGAUCACGUUGCCCACCGUCGAGGAUUAAUCAUGGAGUAUUGAUUACUGGCUAUGGUAUUCAAAAUCGUCGACCUUAUUGGAUAAUUAAGAAUAGUUGGGGUCAGCACUGGGGUGAAGAUGGUUACUUCCGUCUGAUGCGCGGUGGGGAUGUUUGUGGCGUUAGCGACUUGGUGUCAUCCGCAAUCAUUCAUUGA